CCGGGCGGGAAUGUAAGAUGGCGGAGUAGCAACGCGAAGCAUUUUGCACAGUCUCCGGGGCGACUUGGGUUCGGGUUUCAACAGCAGCCGCGAUCGCCGCACGAAGAGAGGCCAGGGCAGUGGGCCAACAUGCCGAACAUCAAAAUCUUUAGCGGCAGCUCCCACCAGGACUUGUCCCAGAAAAUUGCCGAGCGCCUGGGCCUGGAGCUAGGCAAGGUGGUGACUAAGAAAUUCAGCAAUCAGGAGACCUGUGUGGAAAUUGGUGAGAGUGUACGAGGAGAAGAUGUCUAUAUUGUACAGAGUGGUUGUGGCGAAAUCAACGACAAUCUAAUGGAACUUUUGAUCAUGAUUAAUGCCUGUAAGAUUGCUUCUGCCCGCCAAGUUACUGCAGUCAUCCCAUGCUUCCCUUAUGCCCGGCAAGAUAAGAAGGAUAAGAGCCGGGCUCCCAUCACAGCCAAGCUUGUUGCAAACAUGCUAUCAGUAGCAGGUGCAGAUCAUAUUAUCACCAUGGACCUGCAUGCUUCUCAAAUUCAGGGCUUUUUUGACAUCCCAGUGGACAAUUUGUAUGCAGAGCCAGCUGUCCUGAAGUGGAUAUGGGAGAACAUCUCUGAGUGGAGGAACUGUACUAUUGUCUCACCCGAUGCUGGUGGGGCUAAGAGAGUGACCUCCAUUGCAGACCGGUUGAAUGUGGACUUUGCCUUAAUUCACAAAGAACGGAAGAAGGCCAAUGAAGUGGACCGCAUGGUGCUGGUGGGAGAUGUCAAGGACCGGGUGGCCAUCCUGGUGGAUGACAUGGCCGACACUUGUGGCACAAUCUGCCACGCGGCUGACAAACUUCUCUCAGCUGGAGCUACGAGAGUUUAUGCUAUCUUGACUCACGGAAUCUUUUCUGGCCCAGCCAUUUCUCGCAUUAACAAUGCAUGCUUUGAAGCAGUAGUAGUUACCAACACCAUACCUCAGGAGGACAAGAUGAAGCAUUGCUCCAAAAUACAGGUGAUUGACAUCUCCAUGAUCCUUGCAGAAGCCAUCAGGAGAACUCACAAUGGAGAAUCGGUUUCUUACCUGUUCAGCCAUGUCCCUUUAUAAUAGAAUUGACCGAAGCUUUUUAAAAAUAAACUGAACCCCAUCCCUGUUUUCCCUUGAUAUUUGAUGAACUAUUGAGCAGAAGACCCAGCUUGCUCCAGUGUAGUUUACUAAGUCCCACAUCAGGUAUAAUAAAUAGUGUUUCUCCUGAUUUAGGGGAAGACAGGUUGAGAUUAAUUGUUGACAUCUCCUACCUGCAUUGUCUCAUUCUGGCUACUUAAAUUUUGUGAGUCUUGCAGCUUUACAGCAUAGCUAUUGUAAGAUUUCAAACUUUGGAGGGUGUUGUAUAGGGGUAUUUGAAUUCAAUUAGGGUACUUAGACUACUUUGCAUGUGAAUGCUUCAGGGUUUUCCUUGGUUCAGAACUGCUAGCAACAAAGCCAGCCCAGUCCCUUACUCCCACCCCUGUUUACCUCUCCCCACCCCCUUAUUUGAUAAGCUCUGUAAGGUCUAUGUUAUAUUACUGCAGGAGCCCUGGUUGCCAAGCCCCUUAAGACAGGAGCUGGCAGCUCUCAGCUCCAGCAGCUCUCGGGCAGAAGCCUGAGUAGAUGCAGCACACAGUGCAGCAAAUGUUUCUUGGGAGGAAAAAGCCUGAUCCAUCACCCUCUGCUUAGGAACUGUUACUUGGAUUCUCCUUUGUAUCUGUUCCUUUCCACUUUGGCUUGACUUACAGCCAUCUCGACCUUUUCCUGGCCAAAUAUCCUCUUGGGCCCAAGUGAUCAUUGCUCCCAUAGUCUUCUGGAAAUCAAACUCACUUCCUGCUCUGUAAUCUCUAACAUUUACAUGAAAUGACUUCACUCUGUAGCUUAAUCUUCCUUAGCCGGCUACCAUUGUGGUAGUAGGUUUUAGGUGGUGGUGUAGUGCCUUUUGAUUAAUUUAAAUAUUUAAUUUUCAUCGUUAAAUAUUUAAUUUUCAUCCUUGGAUCUAUUUGGCCUCUCAUAUGACCUGAGAUUUCUGUUAAAAAGAUGUUACUGUCUCUUGUAAUAGACAAGACUAAUAAAGUGUCUCUGUCUGUUGUGUGUGACCAUGGGUCUAUGUCAUCAAUACUAGUCCCUCUGCCAGAGCUUUGGUUUAGGUAUCUUGCCAACUUAUGGUAGCUCUAAUUUGUGUUUAAAUUUUAGCUACGUUGCUAAGCCAAGAGAAAGCAUUAGCAGCAGUUUUAAUCAGUAAUAAGACUUUUAGAAGUCUGGGGUUUACUGAAAACUAGAUACAGUAUGAGUCUGUGCAUUUCAUUAUACUUGGAUGAUCAGAUGCAUAAUACCUGUGGAAUCUCUGGUUCUUAUUCCUGGGGGUGUGGGUGGAAUGAGUGUAGGAAUUAGGUAUUUUCUUAUGAGAGGAGAAUAGUUUCUAUAAUUUAUUCCUUUUGAUCUAAUUUUGCCAAAUGUGGCCAUUCCCCUCCCUUUAUUAGUAGUUGAGAUGUAUCUCACAUUUAAUUUCAGCCCUUUGAAAUAAAAACCAUUUGGUGAAGGGCAAACUUAAGGAUGAAUUAUAACACAUUCUAAAAAGUUCAAGUGACUUUCUUAGUGCAUCAUCAAAUAAGGGCAUCCUUUGCUACAUGCUCCUGGAGGUCUGUGAAGAGCUCUUCCCUUUGAAGCCUGAUUCUGCCUUCUGUUUUGACUUUGUGCUGAAUACUGGGAUAUCUACUUUACAAUAAAUCUAUUGGAAGAAGUGAUUCAAAAGGGGCCAAAGUGAACAGGGAAAUGUGCAGCUCUGACGCUCUAGGCACUUCCACCUCAAGUCUCCUGGGAGAACCUGACAUGGAUCUUCGAUGCCCUAACUUGCUGACUGUGCUGUUGCCGGAAGUAGUGGGUCUGUCAUCAGGGACUGCCGUUUCAGAAUAUUUUGACAUAAGACCACUACUGUGGACUGCUUUGCUAAUCCAAUUCCUAAGAUAAGGUUUUGAGGUCACUGAAAGGCCUUCAGUCCCCAUCUUCUGUUUCCUAUUCUUGGUGAGGGGAGGUGAACAUCCCGUUUCCUGUGACACUCUUCAGAGUGCCAUAAGCACCCCCCAGGGUGGUCCUUAUUUCUCCAGGGGUGAGAGCCCUGUGUCCCAAAUGGCAAGUGAUUCUUGCAGUUGUAGAACAAUGGUAGUAACAGAUCUGCUGGGGCCUGAGGAAGAGGCACCAGAGCGGAAUGAAAUGGCAGCGGGAGCUCAGUGGAAACCACCUCCAAUGACCACAUAUCUACUGAGCCAGAGGCUUCACCAGGUUCUUCCCCCAGACACUCUCAGAACCAGAGAAAAGGAGAUUACUUAGACCAAGGCUAAGCUUGCCACUUCCCAAGCUAAUGCCUUUAUAAAAGAUUUAUUUCAUCUCUAGUUGGGGUUGCUGGUCUUCCCAGAUUUUAGAAUAUAAAUGUUUCCUGCUGAAGUAUUUAAUUUGCUUAUUAAGAGCAUGUAACCCUUAACCUGAGGGUUAUUAGAAUCAUAUGUAUGUCUGAAAUGUAAAAAAAAAAAAAAAUGCAGUCUCUCCCUUUCUGCCAUCCUCCUCUUACCAGCUCUGGUUGUGAGAGGGAGGGAAAAAGACUCCUGCAAAGGAGUCUGGUUAUUGGUGGCACCUCUCUCACAAAAAACUGAGGAUGGAGGAAGCUCUGUUGGCCUGGGGCCCCACGUCUAAGACUGGAGGCCGAUGAGGGAGUAAAUGGCCUAUUUGUAAAAAUAACCAUUACAUUCCCUCAGGACAUAGAACCAGCCUCCUGCCCUUGAAUCUGUUUCUCCAGUCUUCAGCCAGAUGCAGCUUCAGUUGAUUGGCUCCAGGAGCCCCGAGCCCUGGCUUCGUGUGCCCUUGGUUCUCCCUUGCCUUGCCUUUCCCAGGGAUCCACUCUCAUUUCCCUAACUAAGCCUUUUGCAACCCUGUGGUAAAACCAAGAGAUUGGUUAUAGGAAGGUCUUGUGUCUUUGGAGUCUUCUGGAACCCACCCACAUAGUCACCAGGGUCAUCUCUGCUGUUCUCUCACAGCUGCAAAUGAGAGAAAGGAAAGUUAGAAUAAGCACAACCCUGGGGCCAGGAACACACCCAAGUUAAUUCAUACCUCAUUACCAGGCCAAGGAUUAACCAAAGGUGCCUAUUAAUUAUUUGCUGGCUCACCUGUAAGUGUGCUCUAAGAGGCUCAGCCUUUGUGCAAGUGAUUAUCCCAAAGUUCACCAGUGGUAUCCCUCCCCUCAGUACCAGUCAUUGGCUCCCUUGCCAACAGAAGGGGCAGCUUCUGUCACGAGGUCGUGGUUUAAAGGCAAGGGUGCUAUAGCUGAAGGUCCCCCCGCUUGUUUUACUCUUAAACCAUGUCUGGAGGCCUGUUCCUCACUUGCAGAUCUUUGCCAGUCUGAAGACUCCUGGUUUAAGAAUAAAAGUCUCCAAAUUUUAUGAUGGCUAAAACUGUAUGUUCCAUAGCAUCGCUUCAGGCAUUUUUUCUCAGUCAUCUUUUUCAGUCUUCUGAGUGUUUACAGAACUGCAGGGGAACGAAAAUGUUAGGCAUGUUCAGAUGCCUUGUAUUACCUGUGAGGUUGGGGGAGGGCAUCUGGUCCACCUUGCCACAAGUUCUCAGGUUGCUCUUCUGUAGGUUUCUGCCAGGCCGUCGAUGUUAGUUGCCUCAGAAGACAUUGUUCUGGUAAGAAAAACCUAUGUUGUAAAAAUAUGUUUUUUCAGGGAUAAGAUCAUGAGGUUAGAUGUUAAAUCAAAAGUUAAGGCCACAUGUUAGUUGUCAAAUCUGAAAGAAAUUCUGGUUUCUGAGUUUGCUGUAAGUUUGAUAACCAGGAAUGUGACUUGCAGUCAUUCGGUGCAUUUGGAGCAGAAUGUUUAAGAUGGGGAAAGAAAUCACUUUCUUUUGAAUUGUUUCUCGCAGGGGAAUAUGAAAUGGGGGUUGAGGUAUAUAGAGAGUAAUAAUGAAGAGGCCACAGUCCUUUCCUUAGAACUUCAGGAAGUGGAAUUUGACCUCAAAGAUGAGAUAACCUCUGAUAAUGAUUUAGUCGCUGCCCUACAUGACCCCAAAGAUUGCAAAGGUCAAGGGUUUGCAGGGCAUUGUUGGGUCCUUUGGCCUUGCCCAUCCUGAGAGCUUUUCUGUUAGCACUGAGGCUCAUGAGAAAGUCGACUCUUCCUGGCCACCACCUUCCAUUCCCCUCUGCCCAAUUCUUCCUGCCAGGAAGCCUGGAUACCCUUCACCUUUGAUGUUCCUUAGUAGAUCUUGCCACAAAGCUUCUUGAUCUCCCCAUUCUUUUUGAGGAUGUGCCAAGGGGUGGCACCACCAAGGGGUGGCUUGCUUGGAAAGUGAAAGAGAGACAGACAGACAAAGCAACAGGAUAGCAUUUUCCAUGCUAGACCUUUGUAACCUUACCAGCUUAGAAGCUCAGAAACAUGGCAGGUUCCUUGCUCUGACUGAGGCCCCUGUGUAUGUGAUUGUCUUUGCUACUGGCCCAUUGUAUGUCCUCGGAGGUGGCCUGGUGUCCCCUACCUCAAGCCCCAAGGGAGACCCAAGGCUCUCCACUGGCCCUCAGAGUCGGACUCCACCAUCUUUCCCCUUUCCUGAGCUCUUUUCCCCUAUAUUCUCCUGCACGAGCUCACUUACUAAGUGCAAAAUUAAAACUUGGGGUGAAGGAAAAGCUCAUUUUGAAGCAAAAAUCCCUGAAACUACAGAAUCAAGUUACAAUAGGUUAAGACUCAUUCCUCUCAGCUCUGCUUUUUUUUUUUUUUAUUAACUGGAUCAGUUCUUAUAGUCUCCAAGUCUCCACUGCCACAUUCACAUCCACGCACUGCUGCAGUUGGGUCUCACUGCUUCGCCCAUAUAGUUGUCAUGAGUUCCUUCACAUCUUGUGGUUUUGAUUCAGGAUUUGAAUACAAAACAAAGCAGGACAGCUGGCUUGGACAGAUCAUUUUGAUAGACUAAGCAGGGCAAUACACAUACCUCUAGCAUGUAGGUUAGUUGGGCGUCACAUGGCCCAGCUUUAAGUCAUCACCCUCAAAAGUUUCUUGUAAGGCCUUUAGGCCUUU